CUCUUUUUAAAGUAUGCCAAAAUACAAAGAUCAGAAAUUAAACCCUUCAACAUAUGCCAUUAUUCGAUGGUUUGGAUUUGAUCAAUUAGUGCCUGAACACAUUGUCACUUCACAUUGGAUGUCCACUAAAGUAUUUUUUAUGGUCCGGUUCACUAUAACUUUAUAUUCGACCAUUGUUUUCUGGAUCUAUCUUGCCAUAUUAGCAAAAGCCGGGAAAUUCAAUGGCUUUUUUGCUGCAUUUACAACACUCAAUUUUAUUGGAAUCCAUGCAUAUUUUGUUACUACUUCUGUGCAUCAUAUUCGCUAUCUGUAUUCGAAAAAUGUAGAUUUCUUAUUGAAUCAGUUUGCUGUUUUGAACUAUAUGUUAUUGUAUCUCUAUAGCACUGUAGUGACAUACAAUAUUCUUACGCCAGUUAUCUUUUGGUCGAUCUUGGUGAAUUCAAAUGGUGUUGCAUACCCCGUAUCAAUAGAAGAUCCUAUCGUUAUGUGGAUUAAUUUGUCAGUACAUGGCAUAUCUCUCUUUAUGAUCAUGAUCGAUACUGUUCUCAAUCGUAUUAGAAUCCCUAUAAGAAUGGUUCUUUUGGUCUUUAUCACACUUGUACUUUACGUCCUUUUAACGUUCAUUAUUUAUGCAAGCACUGGAACUUGGGAAUAUCCAUUCCUUGAUUGGAGCCAAGGACCUAUUGCAGCACUAUGGUAUUUUAUACUAUUUAUUGUAUGUAUAGCAUCCUUUUUUAUUGUAAUUUUAAUACAAUAUGUUCGGGACUGGAUUGCACACUUUGUUCAUGCGGAUAAAGAAGAGAAACUACAAGACCAAAGACCAAAAGAUGAAAGAAUAUCUGUCAAUAUAGACUAACAAA